AAAGAAAAGAAAAGAAAACAAUGAUCUUUUGACUUUGAUUAUUUAUGCCCAUACGCGGCACGCAAUUCCGUAACCACCAAAAAGACCAAACCUCGUCGGCAUCCUCAAUACUCAACAGAGAUUCCCCUUAAACUGCGAUCCGAUUUCUUCGCCGGCGACCAAUGGCGUCGUCGCCGCCGGAGACUCAGGCCGACCGUCUCCGUCCGAGCUCGUCCUCCGUGGGAGAAGAAGAAACGGUCGCUUUCGGCGACACGCCGUUUCUUCAGAGGGCCGUCAGCGAUCCUGCUGGGAGUUUCAAUCAGCAGAGACGGCGGCGUUUCGCCGGAAAGUCGUUUCGGCCACGGCGGCAGCAGUCGUUCAGUCGCGACAUCGAACACGCCGCCAAAGAGACGUACUUGAUCACUCGCCUCACCUUCACUCUCCUCCGAUAUCUCGGGGUAGGCUACCGGUGGAUCACAAGACUACUCGCCCUUGGUUGUUAUGCAUUGUUGCUUAUGCCUGGCUUUCUUCAAGUUGCAUAUUAUUACUUCUUCUCAGACAACGUCCGGAGGAGUAUUGUAUAUGGUGAUCAACCAAGGAAUAGGUUGGAUCUACAUUUACCAGGACCUACUGAUGGAGCAAAGCCAGUUGUAAUCUUUGUCACCGGUGGAGCCUGGAUUAUUGGGUAUAAAGCAUGGGGUUCUCUUUUAGGACUGCAGUUGGCAAAAAAGGACAUCAUAGUAGCAUGUAUAGAUUACAGAAAUUUUCCCCAGGGUACCAUUAGUGAUAUGAUUAAAGAUGUUUGCCAGGGGAUCUUGUUCGUCUUCAACCACAUAGCAGAGUAUGGAGGUGACCCUGACAACAUUUAUCUAAUGGGUCAAUCAGCUGGUGCACAUAUCGCUGCCUGUGCUCUCUUGGAGUUGGCAACUAUAGAAUAUGAGCAUGGGGAGAGUGCUUCUUCAAAAGUGGCUCGGAUAAAAGCUUAUUUUGCUUUAUCUGGAGGGUACAGUCUAUCGAAUUUAGUUGAUCACUUCCAUAAUCGAGGACUUUAUCGUUCAAUUUUCUUGAGCAUUAUGGAAGGUGAAAAAUCAUUGAGACAAUAUUCUCCUGAAGUAAAAAUACAGGAUCCAAGCAUUAGAGAAGCUCUUUCGCUCUUGCCUCCUAUAUUUCUUUUUCAUGGAAGUGCAGAUUAUUCCAUACCUGCAGAUUCCAGUCGAACUUUCUAUAAAGCUCUUCAGAAUGUCGGAGCAAAAGCCAAGCUUAUACUAUUUGAUGGAAAGACUCAUACAGAUUUGUUUCUUCAGGAUCCUCUGAGAGGUGGUGAGGAUGAACUGUUUGACAACAUAGUUUCUGUGAUACAUGCUGAUGAUGAGGAAGCUCUUGCGAAGGACGCCAUGGCACCUCCGAGGAGACGGCUUGUUCCUGAGAUUUUGUUGCAGUUGGCUCGCAGUAUCAGCCCUUUCUAGGUCUCAUAAUCUCGGACCUUUGUUAUUAUAAAUGGUCCUUGAAUGUGUAUCUUUUUUUUCUUGUAUUAUUUUUUGAAGAGACAAAGAUUAAUUUGUUGCAAGACCAUAGAUGUAGUGAUUUCUUUGUCAUAUUGAGCUUAGUAGGGCUGUGGAGGCAUAGUUGGAUGAAUUGUAUUGUAUGCAAGAAAGUGACAUGCUUCGAGUGCCUUCAAAAGUCGGAUUAGGAUGUAUGAGUUUGGUUUUAAAUGAAAAUAAAUUGUUUUUUCACGUCG